ACACGUCCAGAUGAAGGGGCCCACCCACCCAAAGUUGACCGCGAUGUUACGAUGGGCCUCCUCUCGACGGCGGCGGACGCGGCGGUGGUGCUCUUCUCCCUCGCCGUCGCCGCCGCGGCGCCCCUGAUCGACGCGCAGGCCGUCCUCCCGCGCCGCCUCUUCCCGGCGCCCCUCGUUGGGCUCCACCGGUGGUACGCCACGGAGUUCGGCGACUACCUGGCGGCCGAGCCGCCGGGCUUCUUCCGCGGCCUCGUCUGGCUGGAGCUCCUCCUCCACUGGCCGCUCUCCGUCGCCACCCUCUACGGGGUGCUCGCCCGCCGCCCGUGGGCCGGCGCCACCGCCCUCGCCGCCGGGGUCUCCGUCGUCACCGCCAUGUCUGCAGUACUCGGUGAGUUUUUGGUCUCAGGGCGAGCAACACAUAAGCUGCUUCAGAUGUAUGUCCCUUUUGCUGUUCUUGCAGUCAUUGCAGCUCUGCGCGGACUGGUCGUGUGGUCUUCGCAGGGUACUGGUUUAGCACCUGCACCUUCUUCUCAGAAGAAGAGGCCCUAAGGAUUAAUUUUAUUUCUUGAUCUUGCGGUAAAUUUGUUUUUUGGUUAUAGUCAAUCAUGUAUUUCUUGCUCGCGUGUAUUAUUUACAGCAACGUAAAGAUCCUCGUGAAUGUUUUUGAACAAUCAGUGUCGUCUCCAAAAAGGCAAUGUUCCUACUUAUCUUAGUUCUUUGAGAAUUUACACCUUUUCAGCAAGCGGAUCCAGCAUACCUGUUAGGUUGAGAACAUUUCUGUGAUUAUAGGCUUAUAUAUAAGACUCUUCCUUUUAUUUUA